ACCCUUUAUUUUUUACUCCUCUCUUAUCUUCUCCUCCAUAGCAGCAGCCACCACCCACUCUCCCGUCGUCACUCUCAAGCUCUAAUUAAAUUAGGGUUUUGUUUCAAAUCCCAAUUAUUUCAUUUCCUGAGUUGGGUUUUCGUCAAUUUUGCCUCAGUUUUUCAAAUUAGGUUUUAAACUAUGGCGUCAUCAACAGCUCAGAUACAUGUUUUAGGUGGGAUGGGAUUCUCAUCAUCCUCCUCCUCAAGAAAACCCGGGUUUUCAUUUCCGAAAAAGACUGUUUUUUUGGGGUCAAAUCUAAAAUCUCACCAAACGGCGGCGUUUUUGCGACAUAGCAACACAAUUACUAGACGAUAUGGACCUUUGAGGGUAGUGAAUGAGAAAGUUGUGGGGAUUGAUUUGGGUACUACAAACUCGGCUGUUGCCGCUAUGGAAGGUGGUAAGCCGACAAUUGUGACUAAUGCUGAGGGGCAAAGAACUACACCUUCUGUUGUUGCGUAUACAAAAAAUGGUGAUAGGCUUGUCGGGCAGAUUGCGAAGAGACAGGCGGUGGUUAACCCGGAGAAUACUUUCUUUUCCGUUAAGAGGUUUAUUGGGAGGAAAAUGAACGAGGUUGAUGAGGAGUCUAAACAGGUUUCUUAUAGAGUUGUUAGAGAUGAGAAUGGAAAUGUUAAGUUGGAUUGUCCUGCUAUUGGUAAACAGUUUGCUGCUGAGGAGAUUUCAGCUCAGGUAUUGAGGAAGCUUGUUGAUGAUGCUUCAAAAUUUUUGAAUGAUAAAGUGACUAAAGCUGUAGUGACAGUUCCGGCUUACUUUAAUGACUCUCAAAGGACAGCAACUAAGGAUGCUGGUCGAAUUGCUGGGUUGGAAGUUCUUCGUAUUAUCAAUGAGCCUACUGCUGCUUCGUUGGCGUAUGGGUUUGAAAGGAAGAAUAAUGAAACAAUCCUAGUGUUUGACCUUGGUGGUGGUACUUUUGAUGUUUCAGUGCUUGAAGUUGGUGAUGGAGUUUUUGAAGUGCUAUCUACUUCAGGAGAUACUCAUUUGGGAGGUGAUGACUUUGAUAAGAGAGUUGUUGAUUGGCUUGCCAACAACUUUAAGAGAGAUGAAGGCAUUGAGCUUCUGAAGGACAAGCAAGCACUUCAGCGUCUCACUGAGACAGCUGAGAAAGCUAAAAUGGAGCUCUCAUCUUUGACUCAAGCAAAUAUUAGUUUGCCUUUCAUCACUGCUACCGCCGAUGGCCCCAAGCACAUUGAGACCACCCUCACAAGAGCUAAGUUUGAGGAAUUGUGUUCUGAUCUGCUUGACAGGCUUAAAACACCAGUUGAGAACUCCUUGAGAGAUGCUAAACUGUCUUUUAAGGAUAUUGAUGAAGUGAUACUUGUUGGUGGAUCCACACGUAUCCCAGCCGUACAGGAACUUGUAAAGAAGAUGAUUGGGAAGGACCCCAAUGUCACCGUCAACCCUGAUGAAGUGGUUGCCCUAGGUGCUGCAGUUCAGGCUGGUGUUUUGGCCGGAGAUGUUAGUGAUAUUGUGCUGUUGGAUGUGUCACCAUUAUCACUUGGUUUGGAGACUCUCGGAGGGGUUAUGACAAAAAUCAUUCCCAGGAACACUACUCUGCCCACAUCUAAAUCAGAGGUGUUCUCGACGGCAGCUGACGGACAGACAAGUGUGGAAAUUAAUGUCCUUCAAGGAGAGAGAGAGUUUGUAAGAGACAACAAGUCUCUUGGUAGCUUCCGCCUUGAUGGUAUCCCACCGGCACCACGUGGAGUUCCUCAAAUCGAAGUGAAAUUCGACAUUGAUGCCAAUGGUAUUCUUUCUGUUGCUGCUAUUGACAAGGGCACCGGAAAGAAGCAAGACAUCACCAUCACCGGUGCUAGUACCUUACCCAGUGAUGAGGUAGCAAGGAUGGUCCAGGAAGCCGAGAAGUUCUCCAAGGAGGACAAGGAAAAGAGAGAUGCUAUCGACACAAAGAACCAGGCUGAUUCUGUAGUCUACCAGACUGAAAAGCAGCUGAAGGAGCUAGGAGACAAGGUUCCGGCCCCUGUGAAAGAGAAGGUAGAGACAAAACUCAAGGAACUCAAGGAUGCAAUGGAAGGCGGAUCAACUCAAGGGAUGAAAGACGCCAUGGCUGCCCUAAAUCAAGAAGUCAUGCAACUAGGUCAAUCCCUUUACAACCAGCCAGGUGCUGGUGGGCCUGGAGCUGCACCAGGCGGUGAAGCUGGACCUGGACCGUCUUCUGAUUCAUCAAGCAAGGGGGCUGAUGGAGGAGAUGUUAUCGAUGCUGAUUUCACGGACAGCAAGUGAGGAAGCAAGAAAUUUACCUAGGUUUGAUCCCCUUCCUGGUGAAUGUGUAUAAGAAAAUUUGAUUGUCUGGGUCAUGGGUUAAAUACAUUUCCAGGCAUUUUUGCUCUUUGGGGAAGUGAGAAACAAUUGUUUUUAGGCAUAUAGAAUACCAAUUCAUAAUAGCUGACAACUCUGGGUGUUCCUUUUUCUUCUUAAAUUGUUUAGAUUGUAUGCUGCUGAUGAUUCUGUCUCAUAAGUUAUAAAUUAUUGGCGCUA